UCGUGUUUUUCAUGACUAAUGCUUCAAUUCCUCCUUCCCCUUACCUCUCUUAGCUUAGGAAUCCAUGCUCAGCGCUUUUUUUCCAACUCAGUAUUCCUUUUGCCACAUCACCAAAAACGGGCACUUAGUGAAUCGACCCUUUUCUGCUUAACUAAUUUGAGACUUUGAGCAGGUUCACCCGGCCUGGCGAAAGGAGUUCUCACGCUUCAUAGUAUCAGUUUGGGGAGGGGAGAUCGUUAGCCUGCUCCGGAGCCGUAUUCUUCUCUACCAUUAAGCAACAAGGUUUUGUUUGUAAUGACUCGAACCGUGGGAAAAUGGAUUAAGCUGGAACAGUUAGGCAUUGGACCUGGGGCAAGGAGCUCUCAUGCAAUCACCAUUGUAGGACAAAAGGUCUAUGCUUUCGGUGGUGAGUUCACCCCACGUGUCCCUGUUGACAAUCAACUCUAUGUGUUCAAUCUUAGUGACCAAACUUGGUCAUUGGCUGAGGCUGCCACUGGAGAUGUCCCUCCCCCUCGUGUAGGUGUCACUAUGGCAUCCAUUGGGGAGACAAUAUACGUCUUCGGUGGAAGAGAUGGUGAGCACAAAGAGCUGAACGAACUUUAUUCUUUCAACACAUCCACGAACCAGUGGACCCUCUUGUCAAGCGGGGAUGACGGCCCCCCGAACCGGAGCUACCACUCCAUGACAAGUGAUGAUCAACACAUAUUUGUCUUUGGUGGGUGUGGUUUGACCGGUCGGCUUAAUGAUCUCUGGUCUUACAAUAUCGUUAGUGAAAAAUGGGCAAAGUUUCCCUUGCCUGGGGAUGCUUGUAAAGGUAGAGGUGGACCAGGACUGGCCGUAGUCCAAGGAAAAAUCUGGGUUGUGUAUGGAUUUUCUGGUGAUGAACUUGAUGAUGUACAUUGUUUCGAUGCAACUGAAGAGAAGUGGACUCUUGUCCAAACUAAAGGAGAGAAUCCAUCUGCGCGGAGUGUGUUUUCAACAACUCGGAUUGGGAAGUACAUAUUUAUAUAUGGUGGGGAAGUUGACCCAAGCGACUUAGGUCACCUUGGUGCUGGAAAGUUUUCUGCUGAGGUUUAUGCUCUUGAUACUGAAACACUAGUUUGGAAAAGGUGGGAUGCCACUGGAGAUCUUCCAGGGCCAAGAGGAUGGUGUGCUUUUGCUGGCGGGCAGCGAGACGGGCAAGAGGGGUUGCUAGUAUAUGGAGGUAAUUCACCCACCAAUGAUCGGCUUGGUGAUGUAUUUUUUUUCACUCCUUUCUUGGAGCUUUAGUAGCAAAUAUUUCUCCGUAGUGUUGCUGGAUGUGUAAUAAUGGAUGAGUAAAGUUCUGAAAUUCGGUUAGAUUGGCAACAAUAAUUGGGUAGUAUUUUGCUUUCUCUCCUGUAUGCUUUCUUUCUUGCUUACAUUGUUUUUGUCUUGCAUUCUUGCUCCACUGUUGCUACUAUAUAUUGUCAUCAUGUCAUGUGAUUUUU